GCGCACGGCCAUCGCCCUUCAGGACGCAGCAUGGCCAGCCAGCCCGGAGCAGCCGAGGCCGUUUCCUGCCAGGACUGUAAUCAUGAAUGCUGUGGGACAGGAGAACUAGAGCAAAUGGCAGAGACUUUUAAGGCUAAAGAUCUGAUCAUUACACCAGCCACCAUUUUAAAAGAAAAACCAGACCCAAAUAAUCUUGUAUUUGGGACUGUUUACACUGAUCACAUGUUGACAGUGGAAUGGUCUUUGAAUUUUGGAUGGGAAAAGCCUCGUAUUAAGCCUCUUGAGAACCUGUCAUUACAUCCUGGCUCAUCAGCCCUUCACUAUGCAGUGGAAUUAUUUGAAGGACUGAAGGCAUAUCGAGGAGUAGAUAAAAAAAUCCGUCUGUUUCGACCAGACCUCAACAUGGACAGGAUGCUUCGAUCUGCAGCAAGGAUAACUUUGCCUGAAUUUGACAAGAAAGAACUCUUAAAGUGCAUAGAAGAACUUGUGAGAUUGGAUCAGGAAUGGGUUCCAUACUCAACAUCAGCCAGCCUCUAUGUCCGCCCUACCUUUAUUGGAACUGAGCCUUCCCUUGGAGUAAAGAAGCCAACAAAAGCCCUACUUUUCGUAAUUCUGAGUCCUGUGGGACCCUACUUUUCAAGUGGAAGCUUUAAACCUGUAUCUCUGUGGGCUGAUCCGAAGUACAUAAGAGCCUGGAAGGGUGGAACCGGGGACUACAAAGUAGGAGGCAAUUAUGGUGCCUCCAUUUUUGCCCAAAAUGAAGCAUUGCGUCAUGGAUGUCAGCAGGUUCUUUGGCUCUGUGGAGAAGAUCAUCAGAUAACUGAAGUGGGAACCAUGAACCUUUUCCUAUACUGGAUAAAUGAAGAUGGAGAGGAUGAACUGGCAACUCCACCACUAGAUGGUAUCAUUCUUCCAGGAGUGACAAGACAAAGUAUAUUGGAUCUGGCACACAAGUGGGAUGAAUUUAAGGUAACUGAGAGGUACCUCACUAUGAAUGACUUAAUCAUUGCUCUGAAAGAAAACAGAGUAAAAGAGAUGUUUGGCAGUGGUACGGCUUGUGUUGUUUGCCCAGUUUCUGAUAUACUAUACAAGGAUGAGAACAUUCACGUUCCAACUAUGGAGAAUGGUCCUAAGCUUGCCACCCGUUUUUUAAAUCAACUUACUGACAUCCAGUAUGGACGAGAAGAGAGCGAUUGGACAAUCUUGGUGUCUUGAAUGAAAAACACAGACAAUAUCAUCUAUAUGUUAUUGGGGCGAA